UGAGUGUUACUCAGUGUAGCCUUAGAGAGUGUAAUGAAACGCACAGUGUAAAGUGCCUUUCUACUCACUCUGAAGUAUGAGAAGAGGGAAGGACUCAGUCUGGAAGACAGUGAGAGAUGCAAGUGGAAGACACUUCCUUUUCUUUUGUAGGAAUUCAAUUUACAAAUAUGCCUUAUAUCUCGUUACUUCAAUGUAACCACUGAAAGAUUCAAGUCAGAGAAUGAAAGAUCAAAGAUCCAAGAAAUGUGUGAUGUGAUUUGCAAGGAAAGGCAACUCCUAAUGUGUCACCACAUGCAGUACAGUCAGUAAAGAGAAAUGGUUGCUGCUGCUGCAUUAAAUAGUUGUAUAAUCAAGUCACUCCUGUUGACAGGCUGAGUCUUAUGACUGGAAAUUCCUUAACAAAUAUGGCUGUCAAACGACUCUGUAAGCAGGAGAAUCAGUGUGAUAUAAUCCCUGCUUGAUUUUAAAACUAAACCUGGUGGUGUCACUGUACCGCAUGUGUCUUACUGGAAUUCCCAGUAGAAUGCCACGAUCAAAAGGUCUGUUUGUUGUGAUUCAGCAGAUAUACUAUCCUGCCCUCUGUGUGUUUGGACUCCCAGCAAACCUUUUCACAGCUUACAUGAUACAAUUUCAGAAAUGUGGAAUGUCAAAGACAGCUGGCAUCUACUUGACUUCCCUCGCAAUCAUGGACUUUUUUUGCUUGCUAUGGGGAGCAUUAAUAGAUCUUUCCCUGUACUGGCUGCAGGGCUAUACAUUCUGGAACAGAGAGCCCUGGUGUGGUUUACUCACUGUCAUGGAAUAUGGAGCCAUGUUUAGUUCUAUCUGGAUUAUUGUCGCAUUCACCAUAGAACGGUAUCUAGUCUUGCGAAGUACUCAUGCAAGGCAGCAACAUUCAGAAUCUGCCAUUACAGUGAAGAUCGUUUUUGGUGUCAUUGUGACAUCUCAUCUGAUUGGUGUGCCUUCCUUCUGGAUUAAUGAAGUACUUGUUGGCAAUUUUACAAGUGGAAAUGAAACCAAGGCAUUACCUCAGUGCACUUAUAAAGACGAUGCCUAUGCAACAGUCGUUGUUUGGUUACACACGUUCAUUCAAGGGGGGAUUCCAUUCAGUCUCAUCAUGGUUUUCAACUUUCUACUUGGAUAUGAGCUCCACAAAGCUGGCAAGAUGUUUACAAAAGAGCAAAAGAAAGCCAUGAAUGUCAUUGGCAGGAAGGGAGUGGUCACAAGGACAAUGUUGCUCCUCCUUACUGUUUCAUUUACAUUUGUUGCCUUGUGUCUGCCUAGAUUUGUGACUUAUUGUAUCCUUAGAACUAUCUAUAAUACUCCAAAUCAUGACCGAAAUGACUACAAACAGCUUAUCAAUGUAUUUGCAGAUAUUGGAAUCAUGUUGCAGUAUUUAAACUCGGCUAUUAACUUUCUUCUGUACUGUGUAGUCAGCAAACAAUUUCGAUUUGCAUUCUGGACUUUACUAAGUUGCAAGGGAAGAAUCAAACAGCGUAAGUCUUUAGCAUCCCAGCUAACUUCCAACAUAUUUGCUGUAAUUGAAAAGAAGUCAGAGCAGACAAAAGAGACCUCACUGCAUGAAACCUCUACCUAGUUCGCUGCUUGUUGAUAUUUUCUACUUCCCAUAUAUGUAUUAGCAUUAUUUUUGAAGGACAUUAAUGACUGACUUCUUCUGACUGAAAGAGAAGUUUAAGUCUUAAUCUUUGAAGGCAUUUUUAAUGUUUUUUGCUAUUAUUUAUUUUUAGUACUAGGUUCUUAGAUUUGGUGUUAACUCUCCAUCAGGCACGGAAUUUGAAAUACACUUGAAUCAGAAAUUUUGCUUUAGAGACUAGCCAGAGGUAAAUUUUAAGUAAUAUCCAAGAAAAACAAAAGAAAAUCCUGAAGCUUUUUGAGGUACGUAGUUAAGUAUUAGGUUAGCUGCCCUUGUGGGCCAUUUUAAGCCUAACCAAUUUCCCUUAAGGGUGGGAAUUAAACCCUGUACUUUGUGUGUGAGUGUGAGACAAACACCUUAACCAUUAUGCCAACCCUCAAACAGCUCCUCAUCCCAUAGAUAGUUCAAGUUUUACUGCCAUAUGAUUUUUGUGUAAGGAAUAAAUUCUUUCAAUUUUUUUCACUUGGUUUGUUCAAAGGCUAAAAAAUACAACUCUGCAUUCAAUAACAGGUCAAAUCAGUGAGGUAAAAAGGGGUGCAAUGAUGUACCUAAAGUGAGUAAACAUGACAUUUGGAACUAGACAAGCUAUAUAAUAUUCUUUUCUGAACUUCUUAGGUAGACACUGGUCAGAGUGUUAAUUGUCUUGUGUUAUUCUUAUGUCUUUAAUGAUGGCAUUUUUUUUGUUUAUUUGUUUAUUUUAUCAUUUACCUAGUAAUCAUAAUUUAUAUAAUUUUUACAAAGCCUCAUGUACCGUUUAUUGACAUUAAACAAGAAAACAUUACUAAUGUUCCAUUCAAGUGCUUGCUCUAGACUACCUGGAGGAGCACUAGCAUCUUUUAUUGACGUAAUUAUCUUACUCAGUUUGCAGUCGUCAGUACCAUAGUCCAUUUCCCAUUUUUACAUCUGAGAAGAAUUGUCCAAAAACAAAGUGCUUCUCAGUACCGAGAGGAUAUUGCUGGCAACCCCCACUGGGAUGGACAGAUAAGUCCUGCUCCAUGCCUUGCUGCAUUUUUUAACAAGUGCUUUAUUUAUCAUUUGAAGUAGGUAUGGAUAGGCAUUUAAUGUUUUUAAUUUAUGUUAAUUUUCCCCGUGGUAGAAUAGUUUCAAACACCUUAGCAAGGUGAAGCAGCAUGCACUGCCAGUCCCUCAUCAAGUGCUGCUGUUAUGUCUUCAAAGAAAUUAACAAUAGUCAAGGGUAUGCCAGACCAUUUCUAACGGAAGUAGACUCAUGUUUUAAAGAAAUGCAAACACGCAGUAACUGUUAACAGCAACUUGCUAUAUCUUCAUCUUCACGUAUACUGACUUCAGACACAUGUUCAUCCCCAUGUACAUAAUAUGGUAGGUCACUGUAUGAAAUGAAAAUUAAAAGAUGCACCCUUGGCUACAUAUUAAGUAAGUGCUAAUGUACUUGACUGAGGACCUUAGAUGGCUGUAUUAUACUUAUGUAAGUGUUUUAAAUAUACUGACAGCUGACCCAUUCCCAAUCUGUCCUAUAAAAUAUAGCUCGUGCUCAUAUAUAUUAGAAAAGAAAACCGAUUGCCUACAGAAGGUGGGUGAUUUGAUAUUUAGUUCGAUUAUAAACAGCAUCAUAUAAACCGGCUUCACUGAAUUCAUUGCUAGCUAGCUACAACCGUGUUUUUAUACACAUAGGAAUAAACUAGAUUAUGCAUAAUACAUUAUUAUUCUUAAGUGUGUUUUUUUUGUUUGAAUUAUUUGAUAGGAAAUCCACAAAUUCAACAUAUCUGGGAUGGCUAUAAACCUAACUCAGAUGUUAUUUAAUAUCAAUUCUACAUUAAACAAUGCAUUCAGAAAGCACAGACAAACUUACAAUAUUUUGCUUGCUUGUUGUUUAUUUGCUUGUUUAUUGGUUUGUUUUUAUCUCUUUUCAAAUACAUGACUAAAUGCCAGGUGAUAGGAAAUUCUCAUGAAUGGAUUUUAGAAUAAAUGUCUAGUGUUCUCCUUAUACAACAAUCAAUUUUGUAAUGCUGAAACAUUAAUUUUUAAAUGCAGUCUGUUUAAAUUUUUAUUUUCCUGACCCAUCACCUGCUUACUAUCAUUUGCAGUUCUAAACUACUGCAUUUAUUAAAAAAUGUGCUAAGUUUUGAAUUGGUGGUACUGUGUACUAAAAGUGAUGUGUGUAUUAAUUUGGUGAGCAAAGAAGAUAACAGCAAACAUUUUAUUGUGCAUUUAUGUCAGUACAUAAUUCAUAUUUAAUUGUUUACUGAAAGUCUAUCCAAGAAACAUGCAUGACACUGUUAGCUUCAGGAAUUUAAUAAAAUCAGCAGGAAAGGGAAGCAAGACAGUCCUUGAAGAUACGGAGAUUGGGGAUGGGAAGCAAAACAAAACAUUUAAAAAUAGAGUUCACUCGACAAAUGAUUAGAUACUUUGCAUGACAUUCUGAUAAAACAAGUGCUUGAUACACACAACUUUGCAUGGAAUCAAGACAUGAUUAUACCCGAAGCAGUCAUUAAUUCUUUCUGAGCAGGCAUGGGAAUGACAAGGCAUCACUUAAAUAUAUGAAUUUUAUUAUUAUUUUGGCUUCUUUUAUAAAUUCUAGCAUGUGAAGGUUUUGGAUAAUAAAAUACUGUUGUCUGUAUGCUUUGUCUUAAAUCAUACUCAUUGACUUAAAUACUUUGUACUGUUAUCAGUCAUAUACUCAUAGGCAGCCUACGGAAGAAUUGGAGCUAAUAAAGGUAAAUCAGAAAGUCUGGUAAUAAAGGUCUUGCCAACAUGAA